AUGGGGACAUCGGCGGUGGUCAUCUUGACAUGCUUUCUUGCCGUCCUGGCCGAUGCUAUCCCUCUCGUGAAGCGGGCCCAGACCGUGGUGCAGGGAAAACUGGGAACAGAUGGAUAUUGGAAUGACUACGACGGCGGGUCAAACCACUAUAUACAAUACGAGGGAAAUGGCUCAGUGGCUGCAGGAUGGCCGUCGGAUCUGACCUGGGUGUCCUUCAAUGACUUAUGGGUGGCCAACCAACAUACAAUCAGUCGAAGUUGUGACAUUUUGUACGAUGCACCAAACAACUCGGAUCAGGAAACGCAAGACCUCUACGAUGCGAUCAAGCAAGUUGCCCAUGAGACAAGAGUCGACCAUCGCUUCAUCCUCGCCGCAGUAUUGCAGGAGACCAAGGGCUGCGUUCGAGCAAAGACGAGUGUAUCGCCGGAUGGGAUUCGGAACCCAGGGCUACUUCAGUCCUUCAAGGGAAACCAUUCCUGCAAUGACGACGGCAAAGUACACAACCCGUGCCCCAAGGAUCAGAUCUUGGGCAUGAUUUCGGACGGGAUUAUCGGUACUCCUGACGGUAACGGAGUCGCGGUUAACAUCAAUGCCCAAAGCGACGUCGACGGUAUUGAGUACGCCGAAGCUUACUAUCGAGGUGCUCGUCUGUACAACUCGGGCGCCAUUGACUCUUCUGGGGACCUUGGCAAGGGCUCUGCGACGCAUUGCUAUGCCAGUGACAUUGCGAAUAGGUUGGUUGGUUGGACAGACAGCAAGUCAACGUGUACUUUAGACGACAAGUAG